AUGUUUAUGGGUUCGUUACCUACUUUUACAGGUGAUGCCACACUGUGGUUUUCACAGUUAGAGGCACAAUUUCGUGCACAAAGUAUUACUCCCGAGCAGCAGUUGCAAAUCCUUUAUGGUUGCAUGCCGCCUCAACUGGCAUCUACAGCAAGAGACCUUAUCACAGACCCUAGUCCAGGCGCUACUUAUGCGUCUGUUAAAUUAGAGGUAGAGAAAAGAAAUACACGAAGCGAGGAAAGUCGUUUCAACGAAUUAAUGGCAGAUGAGCAACUAGGAGAUAGGACUCCGUCAGAAUUUUUACGAAGACUGAGGGAGUUAAGUGGUAAUGCAUCAGACGCCCCCCUCCUUCGGAAGAUUUUUUUUUCGAGGUUGCCCGCCUAUAUACAGACCGUUUUGGCAACCGGUUUAGAGACAAAUACAGUGGACCAAAUAGCAACGAUGGCUGAUAAGAUGGUUGAAUUUGCCGUUCAACCAUCGUCACGGUCUGCUUGUGCCUGUUCACAAACUUCUUCGGCCUCAAUUGAGGGGCUUUCUAAACUAAUAGAAACCCUCACUAAAAGGAUGGACGCGAUGUGUCGCGAUGGUAAGCGAUCUUCAAAAUCGCGGAGUCGCAGUCGUUCAUCCUCGAUAUCAACACAGUCUAAGUCUGGACUGUAUCUAGUGUCGAAGAAAAACUUCAUGGUGGACACUGGUUCUUGUUGCAGUAUUUGGCCUCUGCGUUGCACAACCGACAGGCCAAAACGAUCUAACGUCAUCUUGCACGCUAUUGACUCGUCACCAAUAGCCACAUUCGGUCAGAUCUCGUUACGCCUUGAUAUUAAUCUUCGUCGAGACUUUCAAUGGGUUUUUGUCAUUGCCGACAUUCCGCAUCCUAUUUUAGGUGCGGAUUUUCUGGAUAAAUUUGAUUUGUUGGUAGAUGUUAGACGUCGGAGGUUGGUCGAUAGUUCGACUACACUCUCCACGCCGACCGGAGAAUCUACCAAUUUAGCUCUUAGCCCGACAUUUUUUGUCGGUACAUCUGGAGAUGUUUUUCACUCUCUUUUAGCUUCUCUUCCAGAGCUAUAUGAUGUUACCUUUAGGGUGGCUAAGCCAUUACACUCGACACGACGCUUUAUAACAACAACUGGACCUCCUGUUUUUUCACGUCCAAGGCGUCUUGCACCUGAUCGACUUAAAACUGCUAGGGCUGAGUUUGAGCAUAUGCUCCAGCUCGGUCUGAUACGCCCCUCCACCAGUCCAUGGGCAUCUCCCCUUCAUUUAGUAAGAAAAGGGGAUACAGAUUUUCGCCCGGUGGGAGAUUAUCGGCGUCUAAAUUCGGUGACGAUUCCGGACAAAUAUCCCAUAAGGAUUUUAAACGAUUUUUCGGCAAAUUUACAUGGCUGUACUAUUUUUUCUAAGGUUGACCUCAUACGUGCCUACCAUCAAAUACCGGUCAACUCAGACGAUAUUCCUAAAACAGCAAUUACUACUCCUUUUGGCUGUUUCGAAUUUUUAUUUAUGAGUUUUGGUUUGAGGAAUGCCACUAGUACUUUCCAACGGUUUAUAGAUGAAGUUGUUCGCGGACUUGAUUUUGUGUUCGCGUAUGUCGAUGAUAUUCUAAUCGCAAGUGAUACGCAUGAAAAUCAUCUCCUGCACUUGUCUCAGCUUUUUCAGCGUCUUCGCGACUAUGGUGUUCGCAUUAAUCCAGACAAGUGUGUUUUUGGGCAACCAUCUCUUAAUUUUCUCGGUCAUUAUAUUGACUCGGGAGGAAUCAAACCACUCUCAUCCAAAGUCGAUGCUAUUCAGCGCAUCGCACCACCUUCUUCUUUGCGUCAACUUCGCCAUUUUUUAGGCAUAGUAAAUUUCUAUAGACGUUUCAUAGAUCGGUGUGCGGACAAGUUGUUACCUUUAACACAAAUGCUAAAGGGCAAUUCUAAAAAGGACGCCCGUCUUACUCUUUCGGCUGAAGCACUGUCUGCCUUUGAGUUGGUUAAAAAGGAACUAGCUUCAGUCCCUAUUUUGGCACAUCCGGCUCCUAAUGCUCCACUUACUUUAUCUGUGGACGCAUCAGAGUCUGCAAUUGGCGCUGUUUUGCAGCACACCGUAGAGGGUGAAGUUAAACCUUUAGCUUUCUUUUCUUGUCAGCUAAAGCCAGCUGAACGCAGAUAUAGUACUUUUGAUCGAGAGUUACUAGCGAUCUAUCUGUCAGUUCGGCAUUUUCAACACCAGCUCGAGGGACGAGAGUUUGUGAUUUAUACUGAUCACAAGCCCCUUACUUUUGCACUAUCUUCUAAAACGGAUAAACUCUCUCCUCGUGCUUUCCGUCACCUGGACUAUAUUUCUCAAUUUUCAAGUGACAUUAGAUACUUUUCUGCCCUUCCUCCUAUGGACCCUCGACACCAAAAUCCUCCUUCUAGUGUGCCAUCAGACCUUAAUUCUUGGACGCAUGUUUUUAUUCGUGAUAAUUCUGUCAAAGGACCUCUUGUUUCUCCUUAUAAAGGACCUUUUCGUGCGAUUUCUCGCACGCCGAAGGUAUUCAAACUUGAAAUUAACGGUCGUUCGGAGACCGUCUCCGUAGAUCGUCUUAAAAGGGCAUAUUUUGAGGUGUCCACAUCUUUUAAUGACCCCACUGCCACAACCAUCGUUGAACCUUCACAUGCACCUUUGACAACACCACUAUUUACACAUGCACCAUUAUCAACACCAACAUCGACAACACCACCUUCGUCGUCGCAGCCUGCCUCGAACAGACCUUAUGUUACGAGGUCAGGCAGAACUGUUCACUGGCCGAAAAAACUUUCCAAAACUAUUUAUAUUUGA